AUGGAACACCUUCGAAGUUUAGUCAACCUCUUUAUUGCUGAGUUAGCAUUCUGUGAUCGAUCAGACGAUCUGGAUUUGACACCUCACGGCCGAACGGAAAUCGAUGUAGAACGGGAGCGUCUAACAUUUAUCCUGAGAAAGUGCCUUCUACGUGAACUUGGUCCCAGUUUGGGUGCGGAAAAACUCGCCAACAUCCUGCUUGCAAUCGCUUCAUUUGUUGAUAUUUCGGAGAAAAGACGAAAUUAUUUGGAAGAUGAAAACCCUGUUCAAAAACCAGUUCUUAUCGAUAAUGAGAUUGAUGAAUGUAUUCCCGGUGAUAGCCAAUUGUAUCAGACCAGGUCAGCAGUAUCGAUCCACGGUAAUCCCGGGCAAUUUGGGGUAGCUAGGCGUCUCGAGAUAAAUGCGACGAAAAAAUGCGACAAUGGACUGGAGAAAUUCGAAAGACCUGAGGAUUUUGAACUUAUUUAA